CUAUUUGCAACGAGUCAACUCUCUCUCUCUCUAGUUGAUUUUUAUUUUUCACCUAUUUCAAAGAAAGCUUUCGCGAUUGCUUCUUGUUCCGUUGGUCCUUUCUCGUUUCAUCAGAUGCAAGCCCUCAACCCCAUCUCCCCGUCCUCCUCCAGUCUUCCAAUCACCACUAUUUAGUAUUUACCAUGGGACAGGAAGAUAUUUGUAGCGUGAUCAACUUUCCUCCAGAAUUCCAUCGUGGUAUUUGUGUUUAAUCGUGAAAUUAAAGUAGGGUUUUCCAAAGGACCCUCGCCGUUUCUUACAAGUUGGGGAAGGCCGCUUGAUAUGAUGGCUACAAGCUGGGAUGGAAGUAAUGACCCUGGCAGCCAGUCUGAUGAGAGCUACCACUUUGAGAGGCUGCAUAUUGAGCCUAUUUAUGAUGCCUUUGUAUGUCCACUGACAAAGCAAGUUAUGCGUGAUCCUGUUACAUUGGAAACUGGACAGACUUUUGAACGUGAAGCAAUUGAAAAAUGGUUCAAGGAAUGCAAGGAGAGUGGGCGUAAACUAGUUUGCCCUUUGACUCUGAAAGAACUAAAAAGCAUAGAACUAAAUCCCAGUAUUGCUUUGCGUAACACCAUUGAAGAGUGGACUGCAAGGAAUGAAGCAGCGCAGCUGGACAUGGCUCGCAGGUCAUUGAACAUGGGUAGUCCUGAAAAUGAUACAUUACAGGCUUUACAUUAUGUCCAACACAUCUGCCAAAGAAGCCGGUCUAAUAAGCAUCUUGUCCGUAGUGCGGGGCUUAUACCUAUGAUUGUUGACAUGUUGAAGAGCAGCAGCCGUAAGGUUCGUUGUACGGCUUUGGGAACCCUUAGGAUUGUCGUGGAAGAAGACAAUGAGAAUAAGGACUUGUUGGCUGAAGGGGAUACUGUGCGCACAAUAGUAAAAUUCCUUUCUCAUGAACUCUCUAAAGAAAGAGAGGAAGCUGUGUCUUUGCUUUAUGAGCUCUCAAAAUCAGAAACUUUGUGUGAGAAGAUAGGUUCAAUCAAUGGGGCUAUUCUAAUAUUAGUUGGAAUGACAAGCAGCAAAUCAGAAGAUAUCUUGACUGUGAGAAGGCUGAAAAAACAUUGGAGAAUCUGGAAAAGUGUGAGAAUAAUGUGCGACAAAUGGCUGAAAAUGGUAGACUGCAGCCUCUUCUGACACAGCUCCUUGAAG